CCAUCUCAAAAAAAAAAAAAAAAAAAAAAUUACCUGCUUUUGCAUGUAGAUUUGGUAACUUUCACUUUACAUUUGUGAAUGUGUAAUUGGUGCAAAGUAAAUUUUUUUUCCUGCAAAGUGAAAGUUGAGUAGUCACAAUCAUGUUAUUUAUUUUGUUCAUUUAGUUACUUUGCUUUUAAUGUGUAUGAGCAUGAAUACAUGCUCUUGUAAACAAUUUUAAAAGACAUUCAAAUUUUUUUUUAGUUUUUAUAUACUCAGAAUAUAUUUUGGUUGUUAAAUUAUGUUCCCUUUUUCACAGUAACAAAAUCUGACUCAGGAGAAAUAUAACUUAAUUCUUAGGAAAACAAGGGUAAGUGAGCUGGAAAGCAAAAGAGACAAAAAGUCAAAUAUAUUUAUUUACAGUGUACAGUUCAUGUUUCUGAACAUAUUAAUUUUAAAAUGUCUUAAAUUACUGAUCUCAAAACUUUUUUCUAUAUCAAUACAGAUAAAUAAAUAAAUACACAUAUUAGGCAAAAGCAACAUCACCAACCUUAUAUUUCCCAUCCAUGGUCAAAUUUUAAAAGGAGAGUAAAAGCUGAGCUUUACUGACAUAUUUCCUAAAAUGAAAGAAUUCUCAGAUGAAUAAUUUUUAUAUCAGCUAUUCUUAUAAGUAUUUAUCAAGAACGAAUCUGGAAUCUUCUCAAAGCCUGUGAGCCUCUGUUAAGAAUGAUUAAUUUAUUUUAAAUAAAACCAUUAAAAAUUAAUAAAUUUUAUUUUAUAUUCUGUAAUGUUUAGGAAAUCUCCCCCUCCCUAAGGUCAAGAAGAUAUUAUUUUAUAUUAUUUUCUAAAAUAUUCAUAUUUCCCUUUCACAUUUAUGUCUUCAAUAAUCUAAAAUUCAUUUUUUUUCCUGUGGGCUUGUUUUAUUUCUAUCUUUAAGGAUGUCCAGUUGUCCCAGCAGUUGAGACAACUGUUUAUUGAAAAGUCUGUGCCUUUCCCAUUGAUAUUCAGAGCUACUUCUAUUCAUAUAUCAGUUGCCUAUAUAUGUAGAGUCUGUUUCUGGAAUAACUAUUACAUUUUGUUUGCUUCUGUCAGGUUCACAGGGACACUACCAGUCUGGUACCAUGUUAAACCAUGUUCUAGGCUUGAGAUUUUGUUUCAACCAUCCAGUGAUGUGAAUCUGGGCUCCAAGUCUGUGUAAAAGCUGGUUUGUAUUUACACCUUCACUUUCUCUUUCCAUGAUGAGCACUCAAGGCAAUGAUGUUAGCAAUAUCCUGAGGGUUCUUUUCACCCCUCACUAAAAGUAUAACCCUUUGAGGUCCAUCCUUUAUUAGAGAAAGAGUGACCUAUCUACCCCUUGCUUGGGGAAAACUCUAUGUUUCAACAGUUUCUUCUGUCUUCUGCUCCUGGAAGCAUGAAGAAUGGCACGAAAAUGGAAGUUUUAGUAUUUCAAGGAUAAAGAAUAACUCUAGAACAAGAGUUGCUUUGGGGCUAAACCUAUCUCCUAUAUUCACUUAGAUUUGGCUUAAAAAGCCCAUACUAUUUUAUUAGCUCUUCUAUGCUUUUUAAAAGUUUUUUAAAAAAUUAAUGUGGGUUUUUAAUUCUUUGUCAGUGGGAGGGUGAGUUUGAAUAAACCUUUCUUCCACAUGAGAAGUAUUUUACAAGUUGUUUGUCAAAUUUAUAAGAAAAUGAUCAAAUCUUCUGUGACAAAAAAAUGGACAAAUAUUGACCAUUGAGUGUGAAUGCCAUGGUGAUGCUAAUUCUAAUUAUUUUUCUUUUCUUUUAGCCAUACCUUCAGAGUGUUAUUUUCCUUUUUGUCAUAAGGUGUCUGGAAAUGAAGUAUGGAAAUGAAAUAAUGAAUAAAGACCCAGUUUUCAGGUUGGGAAAAUAUUAAUUGAGAUCUGAAUGUAAUUUAAAUAUUUAGUCUUUUUAAAUUUAUAAUUUCAUUUAUUUAUUUGUUUGUUUUUAUUUUUGAAAAUAGAGACAGGGUUUCAGGUUGGGAGAAUACUAAUUGAGAUCUGAACGUAAUUUAAAUAUUUAACCUUUUUAAAUUUAUAAUUUUAUUUGUUUUUAUUUUUGAAAAUAGAGACAGGAUCUUGCUAUAUUGCUCAGAUUGGUCUCAAACCCCUGACCUCAAGUAAUCCUCCUGUUGUGAUCUUAAAUAUUUAGUCUUUAUUGCAGUACAUUUAACAUCAGUUUAUUAAAAUGGAUUUACUACCCAACACUUGGCUAAGCAUGUUGUACAGUGCUAUUUUCAGAAAAAGAAAACAGAAUUAGAUUGGAUGCAGGGAUAUUUAGUUUCUAAGUCAUAGGUUCUGAUUUUAGGCAAGAUGAGUUUUUGCCCUGUACAUCUCUGUAAGUAGUGUUUAAGCAUCAAAGCUUGCUUUUCUCCUGGUUGUGGCCAUUAUGGGUCCCUAAGGAGAAGAUACAGUAAAAACUGGUUCCAUAUAAAACCAAUUAGGAUGAUCUUUUAUGAGGAAUGUGGUCAUGAUCUGGAUGGUGACAGACUAAAAGACCCGUAUGUCUACAUUUGAGUGAUUUAAAAGAACGAAGCGACAGAGCCAGUUGACAGAUGGGAUACAAUGUUUUAAAGAGAAGAAAUAGUCAAAGAAGAUUUCAAGGGACUUGGCUACUGGAGGUGUUAUUACUGCCAAGAAGAAUCUUGUAGAAUCUCUCCACGGAGUUGAGAAAGUCAUCCCAAUCCAGAGGAGCCCGAAGAAGAAGAUGAAGAUGUUCAAGCUGAAAGAGCCCAAGCAGCAAAUGCACUCACUGCUUCAAACUUGGAGGAGGAACCAGUCAUAACUGCAAGCUGUUUACACAAAGAAUAUUAUGAGACAAAGAAAAGUUGCUUUUCAACAAGAAAGAAGAAAAUAGCCAUCAGAAAUGUUUCCUUUUGUGUUAAAAAAAGGUGAAGUUUUGGGAUUACUAGGACACAAUGGAGCUGGUAAAAGUACUUCCAUUAAAAUGAUAACUGGGUGCACAAAGCCAACUGCAGGAGUGGUAUGUGACAUGUGAAGGAAAUUUUAUUUUAAAUAUUGAUGACAUCCUUCUAUUAUUCCUAUCAGCAAAUCAAAUAUCUUUUUAAAAAAUAGAUGAAAGAAUUUAUAAAAUUUCUCUUGCGUAUUAAAAAAAUAUUGCAGCUUAAUGGCCGCUUUUAUCUCCUUUAGUAGAAGGGGGAUUGGAGCAAAAACCAAAAGUGGAUGUGACAUUCAUUGUCUUGUGUAGGUGAUGUUACAAGGCAGCAGAGCAUCAGUAAGGCAACAGCAUGACAACAGCCUCAAGUUCUUGGGGUACUACCCUCAGGAGAACUCAUUGUGGCCCAAGCUUACAAUGAAGGAGCACUUGGAGUUGUAUGCAGCUGUGAAAGGACUGGGCAAAGAAGGUGCUGCUCUCAGCAUUUCACAGUACAGAGAGAAGUCUCACAAUUUGUAGCAGGAGGAAGGGAAAAAUAUGUCAUUUCUUCAUUAUAUGUAAAAAGAAAAUUAUAAACAAUGUCUUUAAAUUUUCAUGCAAAUAAAAUGAUUGAAAUACCUGAAUAAGAACCAAACCAUAAGAUUUAGCAUUUAUGAAAAUGUUAAGGAAGCUUAAAUUUACUAUCUAGAAUAAUAGUGCUUAGAGUUUCCUAUAGUUGUUUUAGAGAGGUCCAUUUGCCAUAUACUUCAUGUAUAAUCACACUGUUUUUUGUCAGAUUGGUGGAAGCUCUCAAGCUCCAGGAACAACUUAAGGCUCCCGUGAAAACUCUAUCAGAGGGAAUAAAGAGAAAGCUGUGCUUUGUGCUGAGCAUCCUGGGGAACCCAUCAGUGGUGCUUCUAGAUGAGCCGUUCACCGGGAUGGACCCCGAGGGGCAGCAGCAAAUGUGGUAAGGAGAGUGAAUAUUAAGUGUCAGAGUCAAGAGAAUACCUCUAGGUUUUUGUUUUUGUUUUUGUUUUGUUUCUUUGUUACAUUUUGCUCCAUUAACCUUUGAUGUGCACAUCUUCUAUUAUGUAAUUCAGUGAAACCUAAUAUAGCAUUCAAAAUUCCUGCAGGAGGGAAAAAAUAGAUAUUUUAAGACCCAAAUAAACUCUUGAUUAUAUUUGUUUGGAUUUCUCUUUUCUUAUUCCUCUUCCCCCUGUCUUUUUAUUUUUCCAUUUCAUUUUUCAUUUAUUGAAAGUCAUAUAGUGUGAUAUUUCUCUGUUUUUUACUCCAGCUUUUCUACUUUUCUUCCCCAGUAGUGCAUUAUUUUAACCAAUACUCUUCUUUUUUAUGAAGCCUAUUAAUACGGUACUAUCAUUAGGUAAUGUAGCACAAUUUUUAUUCUUUUUCUCUAUGGCAAAGAUUUUCUCUUGUAGCUUAUUUAUUUAUUUAUUUAUUUAUUUAUUUAUUUAUUUGUAUUACUUGACACAGGGUCUUGCUCUAUCACCUAGGCUGGAAUACAGUGGUGCAGUCACAGCUCACUGCAGCCUCGACCUCCUGGGCUUAAGCGAUCCAUUCAUCUCAGCCUCCCAAGUAGCUGGGACCACAGGCAUGUGCCACUAUGCCUGGCUAAUUUUUAAAAUUUUUUGUAGAGAUAGGGUUUCACCAUGUUGCACAGGCUUCUUGCAUCCAACAUAAUAUUUUCUCUUUAGAUUUCCUGCUUUUUUCUAUUUAUCUAUUUUCCAAAAUUACUUUCUAUAUGCAAACAAUCCCUUACUUUAUCUUUAGGCAGAUACUUCAGGCUACCAUUAAAAACAAGGAGAGGGGCACCCUCUUGACCACCCAUUAUAUGUCAGAGGCUGAGACUGUGUGUGACCGUAUGGCCAUGAUGGUGUCAGGAACGCUAAGGUGUAUUGGUUCCAUUCAACAUCUGAAAAACAAGUUUGGUAAAGAUUAUUUACUAGAAAUAAAAAUAAAAAAUUUACCCAGGUGGAAGCUCUCCACACAGAGAUUUUGAAGCUUUUCCCACAGGCUGCUCGGCAGGAAAGAUAUUCCUCUUUAAUGGCGUAUAAGUUACCUGUGGAGGAUGUCCACCCUCUAUCUCGGAACUUUUUCAAGUUAAAGGCAGGUUGUGUUCCACCAUGAUUACUUUCUCCUUCAGUGAAUAGGCUAAAUGAAUAUGAAACAAAAAAGUGGAUAUCAGCAAACCAAAGCACUUCUGUGCAAGAAUUUUCUUAAGAAAUGGAGGAUGAAAAGAGAGAGCUUAUUGGAAUGGGGCCUCUCAAUACUUCUAGGACUGUGUAUUGCUCUGUUUUCCAGUUCCAUGAGAAAUGUCCAGUUUCCUGGAAUGGCUCCUCAGAAUCUGGGAAGGGUAGAUAAAUUUAAUAGCUCUUCUUUAAUGGUUGUGUAUACACCAAUAUCUAAUUUAACCCAGCAGAUAAUGAAUAAAACAGCACUUGCUCUUCUUUUGAAAGGAACAAGUGUCAUUGGGGCACAAAAUAAAACACAUAUGGACGAAAUACUUUUGGAAAAUUUACCAUAUGCUGUGGGAAUCAUCUUUAAUGAAACUUCCUCUUAUAAGUUAUUAUUUUUCCAGGGAUAUGACAUUCCAUUUCGGAAAGAAGAUUUCUCAGCUCAUUGCUGGGAUGGAUAUGAAGAGUUUUCAUGUACAUUGACCGAAUACUGGAAUAGAGGAUUUGUGGCUUUACAAACAGCUAUUAAUACUGCCAUUAUAGAAAUUACAACCAAUCACCCUGUGAUGGAGGAGUUGAUGUCAGUUACUGCUAUAACUAUGAAGACAUUACCUUUCAUAACUAAAAAUCUUCUUCACAAUGAGAUGUUUAUUUUAUUCUUCUUGCUUCAUUUCUCCCCACUUGUAUAUUUUAUAUCGCUCAAUGUAACAAAAGAGAGAAAACAGUCUAAGAAUUUGAUGAAAAUGAUGGGUCUCCAAGAUUCAGCAUUCUGGCUCUCCUGGGGUCUAAUCUAUGCUGGCUUCAUCUUUAUUAUUUCCAUAUUCAUUACAAUUAUCAUAACAUUCACCCAAAUUAUAGUCAUGACUGGCUUCAUGGUCAUAUUUAUACUCUUUUUUUUAUAUGGCUUAUCUUUGGUAGCUUUGGUGUUCCUGAUGAGUGUGUUGUUAAAAAAAGCUGUCCUCACCAAUUUGAUUGUGUUUCUCCUUACCCUCUUUUGGGGAUGUCUGGGGUUCACUGUAUUUUAUGAACAACUUCCUUCAUCUCUGGAGUGGAUUUUGAGUAUUUGUAGCCCUUUUGCCUUUACUGCUGGAAUGAUUCAGAUUAUCAAACUGGAUUAUAACUUGAAUGGUGUAAUUUUUCCUGACCCUUCAGGAGACUCAUAUACAAUGAUAGCAACUUUUUCCAUGUUGCUUUUGGAUGGUCUCAUCUACUUGCUAUUGGCAUUAUACUUUGACAAAAUUUUACCCUAUGGAGAUGAGCGCCAUUAUUCUCCUUUAUUUUUCUUGAAUUCAUCAUCUUGUUUCCAACACCAAAGGACUAAUACUAAGGUUAUUGAGAAAGAAAUCGAUGCUGAGCAUCCCUCUGAUGAUUAUUUUGAACCAGUAGCUCCUGAAUUCCAAGGAAAAGAAGCCAUCAGAAUCAGAAAUGUUAAGAAGGAAUAUAAAGGAAAGUCUGGAAAAGUAGAAGCAUUGAAAGGCUUGCUCUUUGACAUAUAUGAAGGUCAAAUCACGGCAAUCCUGGGUCACAGUGGAGCUGGCAAAUCUUCACUGCUAAAUAUUCUUAAUGGAUUGUCUGUUCCAACAGAAGGAUCAGUUACCAUCUAUAAUAAAAAUCUCUCUGAAAUGCAAGACUUGGAGGAAAUCAGAAAGAUAACUGGCGUCUGUCCUCAAUUCAAUGUUCAAUUUGACAUACUCACCGUGAGGGAAAACCUCAGCCUGUUUGCUAAAAUAAAAGGGAUUCAUCCAAAGAAAGUGGAACAAGAGGUACAACGAAUAUUAUUGGAAUUGGACAUGCAAAACAUUCAAGAUAACCUUGCUAAACAUUUAAGUGAAGGACAGAAAAGAAAGCUGACUUUUGGGAUUGCCAUUUUAGGAGAUCCUCAAAUUUUGCUCUUAGAUGAACCAACUACUGGAUUGGAUCCCUUUUCCAGAGAUCAAGUGUGGAGCCUCAUGAGAGAGCGUAGAGCAGAUCAUGUGAUCCUUUUCAGUACCCAGUCCAUGGAUGAGGCUGACAUCCUGGCUGAUAGAAAAGUGAUCAUGUCCAAUGGGAGACUGAAGUGUGCAGGUUCUUCUAUCUUUUUGAAAAGAAGGUGGAGUCUUGGAUAUCACCUAAGUUUACAUAGGAAUGAAAUAUGUAAUCCAGAACAAAUAACAUCCUUCAUUACUCAUCACAUCCCUGAUGCUAAAUUAAAAACAGAAAACAAAGAAAAGCUUGUAUAUACUUUGCCAUUGGAAAGGACAAAUACAUUUCCAGAUCUUUUCAGUGAUCUGGAUAAGUGUUCUGACCAGGGAGUGACAGGUUAUGACAUUUCCAUGUCAACUCUAAAUGAAGUCUUUAUGAAACUGGAAGGACAGUCAACUAUCAAACAAGAUUUCGAACAAGUGGAGAUGAUAAGAGACUCAGAAAGCCUCAAUGAAAUGGAGCUGCCUCACUCUUCCUUCUCUGAAAUGCAGACAGCUGUGAGUGACAUGGGCCUCUGGAGAAUGCAAGUCUUUGCCAUGGCACGGCUCCGUUUCUUAAAGUUAAAACGUCAAACGAAAGUGUUAUUGACCCUAUUAUUGGUAUUUGGAAUCGCAAUGUUCCCUUUGAUUGUCGAAAAUAUAAUGUAUGCUAUGUUAAAUGAAAAGAACGACUGGGAAUUUAAAACCGAAUUGUAUUUUCUCUCUCCUGGACAACUUCCUCAGGAACCCCGUACCAGCCUGUUGAUCAUCAAUAACACAGAAUCAAAUAUUGAAGAUUUUAUAAAAUCACUGAAACAUCAAAAUCUACUUUUGGAAGUAGAUGACUUUGAAAACAGAAAUGGUACUGAUGGCCUCUCAUACAAUGGAGCUAUCAUAGUUUCUGGCAAACAAAAGGAUUAUAGGUUUUCAGUUGUGUGUAAUACCAAGAGAUUGCACUGUUUUCCGAUUCUUAUGAAUAUUAUCAGCAAUGGGCUACUUCGAAUGUUUAAUCACACACAACAUAUUCAAAUUGAGUCAAGCCCAUUUCCUCUUAGCCACAUAGGAUUCUGGACUGGGCUGCCGGAUGGUUCCUUUUUCUUAUUUUUGGUUCUAUGUAGCAUUUCUCCUUAUAUCACCAUGAGCAGCAUCAGCGAUUACAAGAAAAAUGCUAAGUCCCAGCUAUGGAUUUCAGGCCUCUACACUUCUGCUUACUGGUGUGGGCAGGCACUAGUGGACGUCAACUUCUUCAUUUUAAUUCUCCUUUUAAUGUAUUUAAUUUUCUACAUAGAAAACAUGCAGUACCUUCUUAUUACAAGCCAAAUUGUGUUUGCUUUGGUUAUAGUUACUCCUGGUUAUGCAGCUUCUCUUGUCUUCUUGAUGUAUAUGAUAUCAUUUAUUUUUCGCAAAAGGAGAAAAAACAGUGGCCUUUGGUCAUUUUACUUCUUUUUUGCCUCCACCAUCAUGUCUUCCAUCACUUUAAACAAUAAUUUUGACCUAAGUAUAUGGAUUACCACCAUGGUAUUCGUUCCUUCAUAUACCUUGCUUGGAUUUAAAACCUUUUUGGAAGUGAGAGACCAGGAGCACUACAGAGAAUUUCUACAGGCAAAUUUUGAAUUGAGUGCCACUGAUUUUCUAGUCUGCUUCAUACCCUACUUUCAGACUUUGCUAUUCGUUUUUGUUCUAAGAUGCAUGGAACUAAAAUAUGGAAAGAAAAGAAUGAGAAAAGAUCCUGUUUUCAGAAUUUCCCCCCAAAGUAGAGAUGCUAAACCAAAUCCAGAAGAACUCAUAGAUGAAGAUGAAGAUGUUCAAGCAGAAAGAAUAAGAACAGCAACUGCUCUGACCACUUCAAUCUUAGAUGAGAAACCUGUUAUAAUUGCCAGCUGUCUACACAAAGAAUAUGCAGGCCAGAAGAAAAGUUGCUUUUCAAAGAGGAAGAAUAAAAUAGCAGCAAGAAAUAUCUCUUUCUGUGUUCAAGAAGGUGAAAUUUUAGGAUUGCUAGGACCCAAUGGUGCUGGAAAAAGUUCAUCUAUUAGAAUGAUAUCUGGGAUCACAAAGCCAACUGCUGGAGAGGUGGAACUGAAAGGCUGCAGUUCAGUUUUGGGCCACCUGGGGUACUGCCCUCAGGAGAACGUGCUGUGGCCCAUGCUGACGGUGAGGGAGCACCUGGAGGUGUAUGCUGCCGUCAAGGGGCUCAGGAAAGCAGAAGCGAGGCUCGCCAUGGCAAGAUUAGUGAGUGCUUUCAAACUGCAUGAGCAGCUGAAUGUUCCUGUGCAGAAAUUAACAGCAGGAACCAUGAGAAAGUUGUGUUUUGUGCUGAGCCUCCUGGGAAACUCACCUGUCUUGCUCCUGGAUGAACCAUCUACGGGCAUAGACCCCACAGGGCAGCAGCAAAUGUGGCAGGCAAUCCAGGCAGUUGUUAAAAACACAGAGAGGGGUGUCCUCCUGACCACCCAUAACCUGGCUGAGGCGGAGGCCUUGUGUGACCGUGUGGCCAUCAUGGUGUCUGGAAGGCUUAGAUGCAUUGGCUCCAUCCAGCACCUGAAAAACAAACUUGGCAAGGAUUACAUUCUAGAGCUAAAAGUGAAGGAAACGUCUCAAGUGACUUUGGUCCACACUGAGAUUCUGAAGCUUUUCCCACAGGCUGCAAGGCAGGAAAGGUAUUCCUCCUUGUUAACCUAUAAGCUGCCCGUGGCAGACGUUUACCCUCUAUCGCAGACCUUUCGCAAAUUAGAGGCAGUGAAGCAUAACUUUAACCUGGAAGAAUACAGCCUUUCUCAGUGCACAUUGGAGAAGGUAUUCUUAGAGCUUUCUAAGGAACAGGAAGUGGGAAAUUUUGAUGAAGAAAUUGAUACAACAAUGAGAUGGAAACUACUCCCUCAUUCAGAUGAACCUUAAAACCUCAAACCUAGUAAUUUUUUGUUGAUAUCCUAUAAACUUAUGUUUUAUGCAAUAAUUAAUAGUAUGUUUAAUUUUAAAGAUCAUUUAAAAUUAACAUCAGGUAUAUUUUGUAUAUUUAGUUAAUAAAUACAUAAAUUUUAAAAUUAUUCUUCCUCUCAAACAUAGGGGUGAUAGCAAACCUGUGGUAAAUAAAGGCAAUGCAAAAUAUUAGUAAAGUCACCCAAAGAGUCAGGCAUUGGGUAUUGUGGAAAUAAAGCUAUAUAAACUUAGAAUUUUUAAAAAAUAUGACUUUUUUACCUUUUACUAAAAACAUUCUCUUGCUGAAAUAUGUAAAGGGUAUAUUCAGUAGCCAAGAGUUGCAUGACUACUUCACACCAGUUCAUGAUACAACAGGUAUACAGGUUUUCUUUUAUAAGCAAGUACAACUCAAGAGUCUUCUGAAAAUACUCCAGAAAUUGCUUUAAAACUCGCAAGUGUGGGGCCGGGUGCAGUGGCUCAUGCCUGUAAUCCCAGCACUUUGGGAGGCCGAGGCAGGUGGAUCACGAGGUCAGGAGUUCGAGACCAGCCCAGUCAAUAUGGUGAAACCCAGAAUCUAAUAAAAAUAUAAAAAUUA